GGGGAGGGACUGAGGAGGCUCCAAGGAGGAGGAGGUCAGAGUUAUGGAGGAGGGACAGUGGCUCUGAACAUUUCUGGAUUGCAUUUGUGGAUGCAACUCAUCUGGCCCUGGAAGCCUAAAUUCAUUUAAACUUAUCAGAAAGUGCUUUGUGCAGUCACAUGGAUUUAUUUUUUGUCUCCUGUGAAGAAUACACAUCCUACUGCACAAAGAAUACACAUCCUACAGUUUUCCCCUUCCUUGAUAUUGUAAGUUUCCUCUCACUAGGAAAACGUGGCUGACCACAGGUGAGCAGCUGACAAUGCAACAGAAUGCAAGUGGUUUAGAACAGAAUGAUCUUGCCUAUGAUGAGCAUGGAAGGGGUGCUUGCCACAGGAUUUCCCUUGCUAUCUGCCCAUCUGCCUCCCAAGCGAUGCUGAUCCUAUCCUGUUCCUCCAAGUUACGGCUGCUGGAGGGGAUACUGCGGAAGAACCUUCCACAGACACUUCCGGUCCAUGGGGCAAUAAUGAACAUAAAUCGUGGGAAUCCAGCUGGCCAUGAGGUGAUCGUGGAUUCCUGGCCAGAGUUCAAAGCUGUUCUGACCCGGCCUCACAGAGAGAUUGCCUUAGAUGACUCAGAUGUAUAUGCCAACAUGUAUGCAGCAUUUUACAGGGAUCUUGAUGUGUACCGAACACUGUUGCAGAGCAAAGAUGUUGUCAACUGGGCCCAAAACUUCCGCAUCCAUGGUAUCCGAGAGGGGAUAUUGGAGGUCUCCAAAGAUAUAUCUGCUGCCAAGCAAGUGAAGUUGUCAUCAGCUCCCUUCUUCUGCUAUUUGCACACUAACCCAUACAAAGCCCCCGAUCAUCGGCUAGAUCCUGGCUUCAAACUUGCUUCCUUGAAAAGCACUGAUGUUGAUAUGCUGAAUGAAACGUGGAACUACGGAGGCAGUGAACAAAGCCGUAGGUACCUGGCCACCCUGAUUGGAUAUUUCCCCAGCACUUGCAUCCUGGAUGCCAAUGGUGUCUUAAUCAGCUGGAACACGAUGGAUCCUUUUGGUGCAAUAGGACAUAGCUACACCCUUCCAGCACACCGUGGCAAAGGCUAUAUAGCUGUGGGGUCAAAGGCACUGGCCAUUAAAGCCUAUGAAGCUGGCUACCCUGUGUAUGGCAAUGUUGCACUAGAUAAUAUUCCCAUGCAGAAAGUGCAAGAUCAUAUGGGCUGUCAGAAAGUAUCUGACUUGUACUAUGUCUGCAACCAUUAUACAAAGGAAGGGAGUAUUAAGAUCUUUCCUUAGAUCUGCCUGACCCAGCUCUUUCCCCAGCUGCUGCCCAGCUCUUGUUCCUCAGGAACAGCCAACCACCCUGCAUGAAAAUGGAGUGAAAAACAAGAGAGAUCUUUCUUUUGAUCUGUUUUGAGAAUUAUUCCCCCUGAUCAAAAUCCCGACUAGUCUUGUAUGUGUGCAGUCAGAGGGUGCACACCUGCAGCAAUAGUGUCCCUCCUGAAGCACAGGCACUCCCAUGUAGGGGAAGACACACAUGGGAGUGACCUUCAGGAAUAUAAUUGCACAUUGCUCAGAGCACUUCUGGGGGAAGAGGAGAUUAGUGGAAUAUCACCCCCCACCCCACCCACACAUGUGUAAGAACCUGGCCUUCAGAAACAGGAAUGCUUUUGCUGCAGGCAGGCAUCCUUUGGCUGCAUGCACACAGCUUUAAUCAGGAUGUUGGCCUCUGUCUUUUCCCGAUUCUCCUUCCAUGUGACUCUCCUUCCUUUCCUCCAUAAUAUCCCUUAUCUUUGCAUAUGGACUGUGAGCCUGAAGGCAAGGUUUCUAUUAUUUUUAUGUGUUGUACAGCACCUAAUAAUUUCAGGUACAAAUAAAUAAAUAAAUACCAGCAUCA